CAUCACAAAUUGGAAUUAUUUAAAGAAGAGUUGGUUCAUUCUGAAUGUUGUACUAAGGCAAUGUCAUCCAUCUAGACUCCAACAAUAAUCGUCUUGGCAGUGAACACCUUCAUUCUAAAUUAUUGGUUUGAUCUAUAAAAUCAAAACAAACAAACACUAAAUGUCAUUGACAAUAAACAAUAAUAUUUUUUAAUAAACAGUGUAGGAUAAAUUAAAAAAAGGAUUCAAACAAGUCAAACAAAAAACAGGCCCUAAGACUCAUCUUUUUCUGAUGUUGGUUAUUGUUUUUUUUUUUUGAGUAAUUUUUCUUGUUUGUUAUUAAUUUAGGUGGUGGAAUUGGUCUCCAAUACAAUUUACAAAAUCAAUAACAAAUGUCUUGUAUUGAUUAGAUUAUUUGUUUUUUAUUUUUAAUAUAAAAUCAGGAAUAACGUCACGAAAUGAUAAAUCUCGAACGACAUUUACAAAAGGUCAAACUAUAUUAUCUACAAAUAUUAUUUUUGCAAAUGAUAAUUAAAUUAAAUAAUCUCUAAAAUUUCCAUUGAAUGUCAUUGAAAGAUCAUUGAAAAUAGUGGGGCAACUUGUUAUUUAAUGCUCAGUUUAAAUUUCGAUGAAACAGUCUCAACCCAAAAGCAAUAAUAACUGUUUAAAAAAACAAAAAAAAAAAUGAACAAACUUAAAGCAUUAUCUAAAGAGCAAAAAGAUUGUUGGAUUGAAAAUGGUUACGUUAAAUUAUCAAAUAUAUUUUCAACGAAAGAAAUAGAAGAAAUAAGUAAAGAGUAUGAUGAUUUAUUUGAACGUAAAAAACAAGAAGAUAUUGAUGGAUUAGAAUCAGCUUGGAUAGGUGAUGACAUGAAAAAACUUUCUGGAAAUCGUAACACAACGGUAAAAUCAAUUCAUAAUUUACAAAUGCACAGUGGUGUAUUUACAAAAUUAAUAACAAACGAAAAAUUACUAGAUGCACUUGAAGAUGUACUUGAAACUGGUGACAUUUUACUUCAUCAUACAAAAGCUCAUGUUAAACCACCAGAAAAAGGUGCACCAUAUUUGAUGCAUCAAGAUUAUCCAUAUUUUCCUUAUAAAAAUCAUACAAUGUUAGCUGUAUUUCUUCAUCUUGAUGAUACAACACCAGAAAAUGGUGGUUUAGCUAUUUAUCCAGGUAGUCAAAAAUUAGGACCAUUACCAGAUCGUGUAUUAAUUGAUGAUAAUGGUGAUUCAUAUCAUUAUGUUGAUCCUGAUAAAUAUCCAUUAUCAAAUGCAACAUCAAUAAGUGCUAAAAGAGGAGAAAUAAUUAUGUUUUCUUAUCUACUACUUCAUGGAUCAUACUUAAAUUUAUCAAGCAGACCAAGAAGGAUGUUUCUCAUGCAAGUUAGAGCUGCUGAUGAUGAACCAACUAAAGAUGUUCAUAAAUCACCAUGUCAAGGUCUUGUUUUGAGAGGUAGAAAUACAUCACGUGUUGCUAAUAUGCUCAACAGAUUUACAUUGUAAUUAGUUGAAUAAAAAAAUUUAACACAUGUAGAAGAAAAAAAAAAAAGAAUAAAUAAAACAAGAAAAUAUUAUAAUUAUUUUAUUUAAUUAUUUAUUUUUGUUUGAGGUUGUAUAUUUUUAUAAAAAAUAAUUAUAAUUUUUAUUAUUUAAAAAACAAUUAUGUCACUUGAUCAGAAAAAUAAAUUUAUUGAUAAUUUUUCAUCAAUUGAAAAUGAUAUUAUUGAUAAUGAAAAUAAUGAAGAAGAAAAUUUUUAUUCAAUGGAAAAUUUUAAUGAUAAAGAUAAAAUUUUUAAUGAUAAAUUGACAAAGUUAGAGUCGUCUAAGUUUGUAAAUGUAAAUCAAGAAGAUGAUAAUUUUUUAGACAAUUAUUAUUCAAAUGAAACUGAAGAAGAAUUUAAAGUUGUAAAUAAAUUAUCAUUAACAAAAUCUUUUGGUAAUUUUGAGCAGGGAGAAAAUAAUUAUAAUGAAUUUUAUAAGCUAAAUAAUAACGAUGAUUAUGAAAAUUAUGAUGAGAAUGUUGAUGAAUCAUUUGACAAAAUAUUGGAAAUUAAAAAAUCAACAGAAAAUAGUGAUGUUUCACCAGAGAAAAAUAAUUUUGAUGAUAAUUAUUCAUCAGAAGAUGAAGUUGAUGAUAAAAUUGCUGAUUAUGAUGACUAUGAUGAUGAUUAUAAGCUAGAAAAUAAAUCAUUAUCCUCAUUUUUAAGUAGCAGAAAAUUAGGUCGUGACUCAAAUGACUAUUCACUCAAUUUCGAUUAUAAAAAAAAUUCAUUUGGCGAUUCACUAUUGGAUUUUGAUGGAAUGAUAAGGUUUAGAUAUUCAUCAGUUGAAGAAAAUCGUCUUAGUAAAAUAGCAGAAUUAAAAGAAGUAUGGGAAGAAUAUAAAAAUAUUAAAAUAAAAAAUACAUAUCUUCAUAAAAGGUGUAAAGAUAUUUUGGCUAAAUUAAAAAUCAUGAGUUAUUUUGAACAAACAAGUGAAAUAUUCAACAUAUUAUCAAAUGAAAAGUAAAUUAAUUGAUUAUAUUUAAAUGGAAUUAUCAAUUUAAAAUAAAAUAAUGUAUAUUUUCUCUAGGUAUAAAUUAAAAUUAGAAGAUUUUCAACAAAUAAAAAAUGAUUUUGAGGAAAAAAAAAUUUUUUACAUCAAAGAAAUUGAUAAUUUAGAAAAAGAAUAUACAAAAUUUCGAGAUAUUUAUGAAGUUAAUAAUCAAGAAUUGUCCUCAACGAUAUAUAACAUUGGUAAUAGCUGUUUUCCAAAAUUAAAUGAUAAAAAAAUUCAAUAUUUAUUGAAUAAACAAGAAAAAAAAAAGCUCCAACUUGCUGAAAUGAAAAUUAAAUUUUUUAAAAAGCAAAUAAUUUAUGAUAUUAUUAGUGAAAAAAUUAAAUAUUAUGAAAAUAUGUUUGGUGAGAAUUUAACAAUGACUAAAUAUGAAAAUUUACUGGAAUCAAAAAAUCUAAAAAUUGAUAGACUUGAUGAACGAGAUAAUGAUUUUUUUAAAUGCCAAAAUAAUUUCUAUUGGACUGUUCCUGUGAGUUGAUUGAUAUAGCAAUAAAAAAAAAAAUUUAUAAAUAUUUAUUUGAGCUUUAUUUUAGGUGCUAGCACAAGUUAAACAAGUACUUGAAUGUUUGCAAUUUGAUACGUUAAAAUUAUCAUCAAAAAUAAAAAAAAUUGAUGAUGAAAAAUUAAAAAAAAGAAAGCUAAUUCUUGAUCAACGAAAAAAAAGAGUUAAUUUAAGAAAUAUAAAUAAUAAAAUUCAACAAGAAUCAUUUCUUCUGGUUAAUCCAAAAUUCAUGAGAAAAAUGAUAUAUUCAUCAAAUGAAAUUAAUGAUUUAAAGCUAAAAAUUAAAGAAAUUGAAAAAACAUUAAGUGACAAUAAAAAAAGAUUAU